GAGAGAGUCGGACGCAGCAUCAGCUUUUGACUGGAAGCGAAUGGCGUCACUGCGCAUGCGCCGCUGCUGCUGUUCGCAUUUCCUGUUGAUGCUCUUCUGAUUCGGAGCCAUGGCGCUGCUCAGAGCGGCUUUUUCUUCUCUUCUCUUCAGUUCUGCGUUUGCUUUGGUGCAGGACCUCGAUGACACGUUUAAAGACAGCAGAAUGGAGGACGUUUGGCUGGUGGAUUUCUACGCUCCGUGGUGUGGAUACUGUAAGAAGCUGGAGCCGGUCUGGCAGGAGGUGGGAGCGGAGCUGAGCCGCUCGGGGUCACCGGUCCGAGUCGGAAAGAUGGACGCCACGGCAUACUCAGGAGUGGCGUCGGACUUCGGCGUGCGAGGAUAUCCCACCAUUAAACUGCUGAAGGGGGAUCUGGCGUAUAAUUACAAGGGACCAAGAACCAAAGAUGACAUUAUUGAGUUUGCCAACAGAGUGGCUGGGCCAGCCGUGCGGUCGCUGCCCAGCAGACAGAUGUUCGAGCACGUCUUGAAGAGGCACAGUGUGUGUUUUCUGUACGUCGGAGGCGAGUCUCCUCUGAAAGAGAAGUACACCGAGGUGGCGUCGGAGCUCAUUGUGUACACAUAUUUCUUCUCUGCGUCUGAAGACGUCUUACCAGAGUCUGUGGCUUUGCAUGAAUUGCCUUCAGUGAUCGUCUUCAAAGAUGGAAGCUAUUUCACAUACGAUGAGUAUGAAGACGGCAGCUUGUCGUCCUGGGUGAACCGAGAGCGAUUCCAGAGUUACCUGCCCAUCGACGGCUUCACGCUGUAUGAGCUGGGAGACACAGGUAAACUUGUGGCGAUCGCCGUCACUGAUGAGAAAGAUCCGACCGAGCGAAGCGGCAGGUUGAAAGGUCUGAUCCAGAGAGUUGCUGCUGAACACAGAGAUCAGUUCAACAGGGAUUUCCAGUUUGGCCACAUGGACGGGAACGGCUAUAUCAACAGUCUGAUAAUGGGCGAGGUGUCUGUGCCCAGCAUCAUCAUCCUCAACACCUCAAACGAGCAGUACUUCCUGCCGGCGGAGCCUGUGGAGGAUCUGGAGCAGCUGCUGCGCUUCUUCAGCAGCGUCCUGGACGGCAGCGCCCCGGCGUUCGGAGGAGACGGGAUCUUCCGGAAGAUCAAGCGCGUGGUGUACGAUGCCAGAUCCACCGUAAUGUCGGUGUUCCGCAGCUCUCCGCUGCUCGGCUGUUUUCUCUUCGGUCUGCCGCUAGGCGUCAUCAGUCUCAUGUGCUACGGCAUCUGCACGGCUGAGUCUGACGAUGACACGGAGCUGAUGAAGAGAGACAGCUUCACCGACGAGGAAGAGGAGGGUGAGGAGGAAGAGCAGCCGCAGCUCACGGCCGGAGCAGAGGGAGAGGAGGAUGAGGACGGAGAGAAGAUCCAGCAGAAGAGUACGACUGAAAAAAAGGUGGAUUAAUGAGAAAUGAAGGCCUCGGAGGAGGAAAACACGGCCUGCAAUCUCCUCCCUGAGCUUCAUUAGAUUGUUUGCUUUCUUUAUUUUCAUAAUUUCCAUAAAUGUCCGCCAGAUUCAAAGUCAACUUUCACUUGUUUGUGAAAACGUCAGGACCAGUGUUGGAGCUCCACAUGUGACUGUACUGAGUUACACAAGCACACAGACACAAACACUGACUCUUCUAAAGUGACAGGUCUUUGUGCUUAUUAAUAAUCAUCACUGUAUUAAUAAAUCAUGAGUGGACUGCAGCCGAGACGUGAUUAAUGAUCAAUCUCUCACUGGACACACUUCCUAUUCUCUUUUUUAUGUUUUGGAUGAGAAAGUGCAGUUUUUGUUGCAUCAGAGACUUGAUCUCCGGAGGAUUGUUUUACAUGAGAUUUGUUAUGUUAUCAAAUCAUAAUGAGCGCACAUGAAUGCUUUUCUCCUGCGUGCUGCACUGAUGUGAUCUCACAGAAUGUAGAAGUCUAGUGAAGCUGUUCUAGCAGCGAGUGUUUAUUUCUCUGUGAAAUGAUGAAGGAAGGUCUGGGUUUUAUCAUAUGCACUGAACACAUUCACACACAGCAGCUUCAGGGUCAGGUUUUUUUUUUUUUUUUUUUUUUAAGUCUCAUUCCUGGAGAAAACAUCAUUAGCGUUCCUUCUGCAGGUCCUACAGUUAACAUUAAACAGCAGGUAGGCUCAGUGAAUGGGUUUUACAGAUUUAAGGCUUUAUAUGUCAGCAGUUCUCAGCAUCAAUUACCAGAAUUUGCUCAGAAACUGUUAAGUUCACAAAAAACUUAAAGCUUCAGAACUUUUAUUUAGAUUUAAACAGCAGUGAAUCACUGUAAGCGGUGUAAGUGUGUGAGGAGAAGUGUGCUGUGAUGAACGGAGCGAGCUCUAGAUGCUCUUCAUCUGAUCUCAGACACACAUCGAGUCAAAGCUGUCCUUACACUACGACACUGACGAGUGUCUGAAGCUCUUUCUGUUCACACUGGAUGGGAAUGGAGUCACAUUCCCUUCAGGAUGCCUGCUGUUAUUAUAGGGAUUCUCAUGUUUUAACACAUAACUUGUCUUAAUGUUUCUGCUGUGUUCAUUAAACGUUUCUUUGUCUCUCUCUCA